AUGAAGUCUGCAAUCACCGAUUCCGUGCAAUCUAGUCGAAAGAUCUACCUCGAAGAAGUACAUGGCAACAUCACUGAAUUCAUUGGUGCUUCCAUUAACUUGAUUGGCAUCGUCGAAGACAAGAUGACAAUUUACGAUGUAAAUCCAGCGGAACAGCACAAUAAGGUCUAUUAUGGCAAGCUGAUUGAUGAUGUGAUCAAGUAUGAGAAUGAGAUGAACAAAUUCUACACAUAUUUGAAGCAGUUUGCCAACCCCAAGCCAAAAUCCUUUUUCCGAACGCCGAUCUAUGAUUUAAUGACAACCGCUAGCAACGAGGGCAUUGUCAACUAUGUCAAUGAACUUAAGGAAUCGGGCAUAAAUGGAAUCGUACACACUGAAUCGCAAGGCCUAUAUCGCGUGGAGAGAGAUGUUAUGUAUCAGCAUUCUCAAAGGUGGUGUGAGACAGCUGGUGAAGUCCCUGAUAAGCGAUCGAAAUUUUGUGAGAAGAUCUCGAAGUUGGACAAGCGUAUCACAUUCAAGUGA